AUGACCGAAAAUCCAUGGCUUCCAUUUCUGCUCAGUUCAGGCGUGGAGUUUUUAGCGGUCAUUAUUGCCCUUAUCUUUGCUCCUGAAACGCUGCCUUCUACCAAAGCACCGCUUUCAUCAAUAAACGUGGAGAACGAAGACACUCCGUCAAACAAGGAAGAAAUGUCUCUUCUUCUCCUGGUCUUCUUCGUCGCUACUUUGAGUCGGCAAGCAAUGGCGCUUCUAUUACAAUAUGCCACGAAAAAGUAUCACUGGUCGUAUAGCAAGGCCACUAUUCUAGUCUCAGUCCGAGGAGCGGUCAAUCUUGCAGCCGUCCUCGUCAUCCUACCCUUCCUUUCCCGCCUUCUACUCCAGCGAGCGAAACUAGACGCCCCAAGAAAAGAUCUCUGGCUCUCGCGCGGCACCGCAUUGCUACUCACAAUCGGCACGCUACUAAUGUUUUCUGCCCCAAGCCCAGCCAUCCUGAUUAUAGGUCUUGUGGCCGUCGCUCUUGGCUCACCACUUCCUCUCACUGCGCGAAGUCUGAUUACCUCGCUCGUCCUACCCAACCAGGUCGGUGUUUUGUAUACUUCGCUAGCCGUUGUGCAGUCCGUGGGUAUAUUAAUUGCCGGGCCGCUACUUGCCAACACAUUUCGCUGGGGCAUGAAAUUGGGGGAUACGUGGUUGGGCCUUCCGUUUCUCGCGGCUUCGGGAAUGUUUUUACUGUCUUUUCUGCUUAUCAGUAGUGUCAAUCUCUCUCGCAGGCCUCGAGUUCACUCAGCCUAG